UAGAGUAUUAGUAAAGUUGGGCGUGUUUUUAGUAGAUAGUUUGAUAAGGUUACUUAUAACCAUGUUCGCAGUGACCCAAGAAGUUCUUGGUCUGAGGCAGGGAAACUUAGCACUUGCGAAAUUAAAUAGGCCUAUGUCUCUGAACGCUCUAACCUUAAACAUGUGUACAAUAUUGCGCUCCAUAUAUAAUAAAUGGGAUAAAGAUGAAAAAGUGAAAAUUGUGGCGUGUGAAGGUGUAGGGCCUAAAAGCUUCUGCGCCGGCGGUGAUAUUAAAGCUUUGCUUCAGUCUGUGAAAGAAAAGGAUAUGCAUUCAGUUUCUCAAUUUUUUAAGUCUGAGUACGACUUAGUUUAUCAAAUUUCUCGACUAACGAAACCUUAUGUUGCCAUUUUGGAUGGUAUAACCAUGGGAGGGGGGGCCGGCCUCUGCGUCCACGGCAGAUUCCGUAUAGCUACCGAAAAUACCUUGUUUUCUAUGCCUGAAACUGCUCUAGGGCUGUUCCCUGAUGUAGGAGCCGGCUAUUUCUUACCAAGGCUUCAAGGCCAGUUAGGCAGUUACUUAGCUCUUACAGGAGCCCAUCUUAAAGGUGUUGAUGUUUACUACUCCGGAAUUGCAACGCAUUAUAUAUCGUCCGGCCUUCUCCGUCUUCUAAAGCAAGAGCUUGCUGAGGCCAACAGUGACCAGGUCGACUCCAUACUCGAUUCUUUUCAAAAGCACGUAGAAGACGGGUACUCCUUAGCUCCGCACUUAGAAGAGAUUAAUAAAUGCUUUUUGGGUGAUAAUUUAGAAAUAAUAUUGCAGCAAUUAGAAAACGAGUCGGAAUGGACAAAUUUGCAGGCGAAUAUAAUUAAAAGAAGAUGCCCGGUGAGUUGCAAGUUAGCCGUCAAAAUACUUCAAGAUGGCUUGAAGAUGUCUCUACAGAAAGUCUUAGAGAUGGACUACAAACUUGCUAUGCGCUGCGUGAAACGAAACGACUUUAAAGAAGGCGUCAAUGCUACACUCAUCAAUAAAGGACACCUUCCCGCUUGGGAUCCAGCAGCUUAUAACGAUAUCACUAUCGAUAUGAUCAAUGAAUUCUUUUACUAA